AUGAACUUACCGACCACCACGAAACGGGUCGUGCUUUCUCUGUAUCGUGAUUUGCUUCGUUAUGGAGCUCAGCUGCAAUAUACGGAUCAGGAGUACUUUCUCAACCGCAUUCGGCGCGAGUUUCGUCAAUCGGCGUCACUAACCGAUCCGAAAGAGAUUGAAUUUUGUUACAAGCGUGGCCGUGCCUUACUCGAUCGUGCGCGCGUCAUAUAAUGCUCAGCCUGCUACGGAUAACCCGC